AUGGAGCGGCCACAGCCACUCCCCGCGGUGGCGGGGCCUCCAAAUGGGAACUCUGCUCAGCACACGUCAGGCGACCUGCCGUUAACCUCAAAACCUCUUACUUUUCGCGAGUCGUUACCGUACUCGCCACACAUCACCACCCUUCCACCUGUACCUGACCUGGUUCCUGAUGCGACACUUGGCUCCGGCUACCCAGCCCCAGGACUUCGAGACCUAUUCUCCAGCAAUGAGCUUGAUCAUUUGAACAGGGAAGCGAUUGCUCAGGGCCACCUGUCCAAAGGCGGGAAACAGCUUGUUGAGAAUAUACUCCACGAGAUGAAGCCCCCUCAACGAACGAAAUACAAGUUUCGGGCUGUGCCUGGCAUGACUUCAUCCCCCAAUGCGACCAAAAAUAUACAGCAGGAGUUAACUCCAGUUACUAAGGUGCUAUAUGAGCGAGUGGGCGACUACUUCAAAUCUACAAAACCGAAUUUGCCAAGCUCGUCCCUGAACGGACAAGUCAAGAUCCAGCCGAGUGAAGGGCCCUCCCCGACGCAGCCCUCAACCUCUUCUCUUGUCAAGAACCACAACAACAAUUCACGCGCACACCCAUUGAAUUCGAGUCGAAUCGAAGUUGCAAUCCCUGCUAGAAGCACCUUUGACGCAACGGAAUAUGCCGAUCACCUCGCCCCAACACCCUCGGAGCCUUGGACGAAUGGUCCGAUUGAGCAGAUGCCACUGGGCCCAAGUCAUGCUACGCCUUUGAGCCUGGCCCCCGGUAUGCUCCAGUCGCCUGAAGAGUCGAAAAUGCCCGUCUUCCAUAUUGAGCUAUCGUCUUCAAAUAUCAAUAAAGAUGAAUACAUGGAAGUCGCAGAAUCUUUGGCAACACCACAGAACGUAUCACGCCGGAAAGAGCGACAAGACAUACAAACCAACCAAACAUUUGUAGGAGAGUCUCUCGACCAACGGCAACGAGCACAAUCAGCCCUUCAAGAGCUGCAUCGCCGGAUGCAAGGUUUAAGCCAGGCAACUCGCGCUGCCUUCGAGAUGCAACCCGGCUUUGAGAGUCUCGUCACCCUGACUUCAGAGCAAGAACCUACAAUGACAGGCGAGGAGCAGAAAAAGAUGCAUACAGCUAUCCAGAAAGUCAUUUCUCUCGGAGCGUUUAGUAGUGUGCCUGUAGAGGACCUCAGCCAAGUUCUCCGGCUAGGAGAGCCCAGUUUGAAAGAGGCUCUUGCUCUUGAUACACAGCUUGACCAGGAGUGGGAUGAGGCCGCGGUUGAUUCAUGGAUUCAGCAACUGUCGACUGUUGACACUGCACUCAAAGCCGCGCGAACCAGCUUGCGUAUUAUUUGCGGUGGGAGAGAAGACCGCCAGCUUUACUCGGAGAGCAUCAUUGACCAGAGCGUCAAGGUGUUCCAGAAGAUAACUGACGAGAUAAUAAUCCCUUUGGCAGAGAUGCGCAGCUCAGGGCCCUCAGCAAACAUCUUCAAGUUGCUUUUUAAAUAUAAGAGGGAACUUUCGCAGGUGUUCAUCAAUGCACAAAAAUUGAUCAACCUCGUUGCUGAAUUGGUUGCCAAGGUGCAGCUCUCUGAGCUGGCUAUCAACACGAUCGAGUUUGUGGCAUCGACCCUCAUUUUUGUGGACAAUGCAUAUUAUGAAAAGGACUCGAUCGUCGGAGUGCAGAAAUUUGAUGGUAUCAGAUCUGCUGCAAUUGAUACCCUCUGCCAAAUCUUCCUGGUCAAGCCAGAACAGAGACAAGGAAUCUUGAACGAAAUUCUAACAUCCCUCUCUAAGCUUCCAGGCAGCAGACAAAGUUCCCGCCAGUACAAACUUUCCGAUGGAUCCAGCAUCCAACCCGUUUCAGCACUUAUCAUGCGACUGGUUCAGGCGAGCUCGGCGAGACCAGACAAAGGUAAAAAUCAGCGUCGGGCUGCUCUCGUUCAGUCCAUGGGACCCGAAGAAGAUGAUGACUUGGACGAAUUACAAACUUCCCCGGAACGAAAGGCCCCUGGAGCAUCCAUCAACAGCGAAGAACAGGGAGCACAACAGCCUGAUGUCGCUAUACAGGAGCUCGGCGCACUUGUGCAAUCCCCCAGCGAAGAUGCCCAAAGGAAUGCUUCUAUGGUUGUCAACUUUCUUGUCCAAAGAGCCGCUGGCUCUAGUAAGACGGGUGAGACUCCAUUCAGAAACAUUCUCGAUCACUGCGUCGAGGAUUUCACCUUGUGCUUGGAGCACAUCGAAUGGCCUUCUGCAGAGCUUUUGCUACGCUGUUUGAUGUCCUCAAAUGUUCUACUCUUCGAGGCUGAGAAGACACCUGCACCCGUGAAAAACAUGGCACUGGAAAUUUUGGGCAAUAUGAGUGCUGCCAUCUCUCGUCUUCGGUCGCAGGUUAAGAGGACAGCGAACUCAUCCGAGAGCAACAACGCAGAUGAGUUGGCGCAGUUUCUUUCUGAUCUGGCUAACCAAGCUUUGGAUAAAGAGGCUCGCACAGAGCUUGUUCUGUCUUGGACUGGGCCAUAUCGUGUCGUUUUGGAAUCCUUGCAAGCAUCAAAAUCUGCAGACUCUCAGCAGGCAAGCGCUGCUUCAUUCCUUCUGACAACUUGGGCUGGCCGUAUUCGUACUUGCUUCGAUAACCUUGAUGAGGGUGACGAAUCUCGAGAGAAAGAGCUUGGAAGCCUUGCUUACCGCCUGAGAAUGAUGGUUGAUGAUAGCACCUGGCUCUCUAGCCAGUUUGAGUUCAAUUCCAUUUCUGCCUACCAUACGAAACUUGCCUAUGCGAUCAUCCUUCUAGGAUUGCCUCUUUGCGAAGCUUUUGAAAGGAUGCUGAGCAUCUUGUUUCGUUCCAUGACCAGCGACCAGGCAACAGUCAGGAGCAAAAGUUUGAAGAGUAUUAGUUCCGUUCUCGAAACCGACCCAUCCAUCUUAGAUGGAGACUCUGCGGUGGUGGAUCGUAUUCUGGAAUGUGCGCGGGAUUCCUCAACCCAGGUUCGUGAAUCGGCACUUGGUCUCAUGGGUAAUUGUAUUCAGAUGAGGCCCCGGUUGGAGUCUGUUCUUACACCUCAUAUCAUGGACCGAGUGUCGGAUGCCGGUGUUUCAGUUCGGCGGAGAGCCAUGAAGCUUGCACGCGAUGUCUAUCUCCGGAACCGAGACCGAAAACUUCGUAGCGAUAUCGCAAGUGGCCUCCUUCGACGGAUAACAGCAGAUUUGGACGAGGGCGUGAGAGAGGCGGCUAGGCAGAUGGUGGAAGAAAUUUGGUUUGCUCCCUUCUUUCAGAUGGAAGAUACAGCCGUGUUCCAGACGACACUUGCAGAGCACACAGCUCUCAUUAUUCAGACCGUCAAGCUGGGCGGAGUGAGUGAAUUACUUGAUAAAGUCUUCCAAGCCAUUCUGAAGGCUGAAAAGAAGGGACCUGUUGGGCCUUUCGAGGUUUGCUCAAAACUUGUCUCAAAUGCGUUCAGCUUUGUCAACAACCCCGAGACAGAAGAUGAGCCCUCUGUUCCAUCAGGAAGAGACGCAUUGCAGAUGCUUACAAUUUUUGCAAAGGCAGAGCCUAAACUCUUCACUUUCGAACAGAUUCGUCUCCUCAAGCCUUUGCUGGCAAGCUCCAACAACAAAGACGAACAGAUAACGUUUAGAGCAGUGGUCGUCAUUUUGAAAUCCGUUCUCCCACAGCUCUCCACCGUACACAACGACUUCAUCAUUGAGCUUAAAACCACACUGGUUCCGAAGAUGGGUAAGACAGAAAACCGCGCCGUUCUGGACGAGAUCGCAGCCUGUGUCCGGGUGGUUCUGGAUUUAUUGCACGACAUGGGACCUAUGGUCUCGUUGACCAAAUCUGUUCUAAUCGGUCUCAAAAAGCUGCAGCCUCCAUACAAAAUCCAGAGCAUGCAGGAUAUAAAGAAGCUUCGCUACUUCUCAUGGCUUCUCGCUGCAGUGGCGCAGCAUUUCCAGCUCGAUGAGCACAUUGGCGUUCUGAAAGCCAUUUUCAAAGAUUUCAAGGGUGAUUCUGUCGCACGUUUGAUGGUUGAUUACCUUACGCCCUUUACCGCUGGAACCCAGCAAUCCGAGACUCGAAAGGCUGCUAUCGAUGGAAUUGCUUCUGUUUGUCAGGCCUGGCCAAGGAACUACACACUUCCUAAGGUGUGGACAGUUUUCCAGCAGGCUUUCCACGACGAAGAUCAGCCUUUGGAAAAUAUCAUAUUGAAAUCAUUCAAGGAGUUUUUGAUCACCGAAGAACGCCGUUCCGAAGCAUCGAGUAAUACCGCCAACGCCAAGGAGAAAAAAUCUCUCACCGUGAUGGGAGGCACAAAUUUUGAUGACGUUGCCAGCGCCACAACACAGAGAUUCCUUAAAGACAUUACCCGGAUUUGUAUUGCUACCGAGGAUGCACAUGCCCUACUGGCGCUUGAGGUAUUGGGAAGCAUCAAUCGUCAAGGUUUAACGCAUCCGAAGGAAACGGGUGUCACGCUGAUUACUCUUGAGACAUCUUCUAACAAAAGGAUAUCGGAACUGGCUUUCCAAGAACAUCGAGCGCUCCACGAGAAGCACGAGUCCACUAUUGAACGAGAAUAUACUAAGGCUGUUCAGUCCGCAUACGAGUAUCAGCGUGAUGUGGUACACAAUACCCGUGGGGCGACAACAGAUCCACCACAAUCGAAGUUACACAAUAUGAUGGAUGUGCUCAAGAUAAGCAAGAUGAAGAAUAGACAGCGUUUCUUCGAGAAGCUGGCCGGUCUGCUGGAUUUCGACUUUACCAAGUUGGAAACACAUCAAACAAUACCUCCUCACUUGGACUUCACUCGCUUCGUCGUUGAGAAUAUUGCGUUCUUCGAAUACCAAACCGUGGGAGAACUGCAGACGGUGGUGCAUAAAAUGGAGCAGCUGGUGACCGGCACGGGCGUUUCCAUUGCCCAGAUUGUUGACUCGGAAAUUUUCAACGUGAGACUAGAUGCAAACACCGAGACACAGAUCCAACAGCAACUUCAUCAGCAGCUCAAUGAUGGAGUGGUAGAAGGCCAAGCGGCGGAGGUGCCCAUUUCAGUAGACCCAGGAAGACUACGCCAACUUGCUACCGCUUCUAUCAUUCUAUUACUGAUAUGGGAAACUCGAUCAUACCUCCGUCGACUGUAUGGUAUGGGGACCCACAGGCAUGACAGCAAAGCGAAGGCCCUGGCAAAAGACUUGAACAAGACUCCCCCGAAAACUCAAGGAGUCCAUUGGGACAAGUAUUGGGAGGAGAUGACUUCACUUCCAAAUGGCCUGGAAUCUUCAAUGCAAAUGAUGCAAAAAUGCAAAGCAUUUGUGGAGUUGAUGAACGUGGACAAGGAAUUCAAAGUCGCCGAGGAAGAGGAUGACAUGGACAUGGGCAUGGAGGAUCCAAGCACUCCAAGCGAUGAUGAUGGAGGACAGGAAGACAGGGGCCGAAAGAGGAAGGGUGGCAACACUCCUGGUGGCCGUAAGAAGCGACCUCGGUCCAGCUCGCAACCUCGCAAGAGGGGGAGACCGAGAAAGUCGGAUCCACCUGCUGGAUCAAACUCUAAUGCGGACUGGUUUUAG